ACCUAGGUAAUGGCAGCCAAGUCCAGCAGAAAGUCAGUCAUCAUCAAAUCAUCUUUAAUGUUCUUUUUUUUUUCAAUUUUCUUUCCUCCUCAACAUACAAUUCUAAACACCUACUAGUUAAUUACAUACUGGAAGCAUUCCAAACCACAUAUUGCGGCCUUUAUUUCUUGUCAUACUAAAUAAUUUUUAAUAUUGACUGUGCCGUCUAUUAUCGCACAGUCAAAACCCACUAUUCUCACAUCUUUUCUUCAACUCUACUUUAUGCAACAAGAGCUUUCUGAGGUCUUAAAUCAGAUUAGAACCGACAACACCUUUCAAACCCCCAACUCCCUUCGACAACAUGGCCUUCAGCACCAUGAUCCAAGUGGCUCAGCCGACCAAUUUCUGCUGCGCCAGCCAUCUGGCGAUGGGGCAACGCACUCAGCGCAAAGUGACGGACGCGCCGGAUUCCUUGAUAAAGGCAUCAACGCAAAUACCCUCCAAGAACAAUUGCGCCGAUUGAGUGUUGGUGACGAGGAGUCGAGCGAUACGCGUGCCAAGCCUCCAGGCCAGCGUAUAUCUGAAUAUGAGAAUGCCUUAACACCUGCGGUUCCCAGACAACCUCUGGGCUUUAAGGUCAUCAAACGCGCUGGCGCAGAAUCUAGUGGACGUCAACUUUCAGACUUCCCGAAUGAAAUUUUGACCCAUAUUCUGUCCCAUUUGCAUCCCGAUUCGCACGCCUCGGUGGCCCUAGUAUCGAAACGAUUCUAUUCUCUAGUAACGACCCCUCAUGCAUGGCGCAUGGCGUUCCAGCGAUUUUUCCCUGGGCAUAACGCGUUAACUACAGCUGGCAAACAGCAAAGCGGACUAUGGGGUCAAGAUGAUACAGACAUUGUGUGCUCAGGAGUUCGAUACUUUACGCGUCUCACUCCGCAAGCCUCCUGGCGUAGCGAGUAUCUUCUGAGGACUCGACUGCUCCGUAGUCUUGCUAGAGGCAAGCCAGGAACAAAUUUCGGGGGUAUCGGCUCAUCCUCUAGAGCCAGUCAAUCUGGCAAGAAGGCGAGUGCCGUUCUGACCUAUAACACCAAACUCCUAUCGCCAGUUACCUCCAUCCAUGCCAUAUUCAAGCCAAGCGGAAAGAAGCCACCUAGGGUGAUUCAUGGUGCUUCGGAUAAGGGCGUCGCUAGCGCUAGCGAUCCUACUACUGGCAAGGUUGAGAAAUGGGGAUUAGACGACCACUUCGGUUUCGCCCAGCUGAACGAGGUCGUCCCACAUAUCAUACCUUAUGGGGUGGGUGAAGGCCCAGCCGCUGUCCCUAACGUCAUAGACGUAAGUCAACCUUACGGUCUUGUUGGCGGGGAAGGCUUCCCCGGUGGACGUGUCUUCUACCGCGCGACCAAUGAGUAUCGUGGCAGAUACCUUGGCCAAAACACCAGACUCGUCGGGGAUCACCCUGACAUUCCAAAGAUUCCAGGAAUUUCCGAGGGUAUCUGCUCAGUUUGGAUUGCGAAGACAUCAACUGUUCCCUCCAUGACUCAGUCAUUGCUCGGAAUCCUGACGGGAUCCUCUCUGGGUGUUGUAACCGCAUACGCCCUGGGUUAUGAUCCUUCUGGUCCUCGAUACGCGACAGGAGAGAUGAGUGCUCGCUGGAUCCUUAGUCCGGGCGUUCCUAUCAUCGCACUGAAGGUCGACGAUAGCUAUAGCCAAAAGCGCAAAGCCCUGGGAAGAGUGUGUGUAGUAGCUCUGAAUGCCUUGGGUGAAGUGUUUUAUAUGGCACAGCCCCCGACUGCACCCACAAAUAAGGUUAAACCCGACGAUAGCAUCAAGCUCGCAUGGCAUACAGGCCGUUCCACGUGUUGGCACCUGAUAGAAGUUACCCGGCGGCAAGCACGUUUGGAUGAGUCAGGUGGAGACGCCAUCCGCGGUGCAUAUUCGCCAAGGUCACCAUCAAAUAGUAUGGGCUUGACCAGGGAUCAAAUGGUUGCGGAAGCUCGUGAGAUAGAGAAGUUCCUUAACUAUAAGCCAAGCCACUUUCGGGAAGUAUGUCACGGGUGGGACAUGCGCCGAAGACUUGAGGUGGACUUUGCAAGUGAUGAUAACCACGGCGCUGGCGAGAAUGUCUUUAUAAUCGACUGCGGACUAGAAAAGGAUCAAACUUCAGCUAUACGACGAUUCCAUCGAAACAUUGCGAACCCAUCCCAAUUCGGCACUCAGACUUCACCCAGUUCAGAGUUUCCAGAGGACAUGGAGGUCGCCGUUUCUUCCCUCUCCAUAUUUGGCACUGGUGGCACCAGUUCAGCCUCUCCAAUCUCGUUAGACAAGCUUUCCUCGUCCAAUAUUGCCAAUAUCGCAAUGUCAGACUCAGAUAAUUGGGUUGAAAUGUCUUUGUACUCCAAGGAGCUCGCCAGCUCCCAGAUAACUGCAACCAAUAUGGAUGCCUCGCAACUUGCGCUGAUCACAACCUUCGAAGAUCCUUUGAGAGAUGUGACGAGUUCAACUUCGAACGGUGCGGCGACACCAACAAAUCAGUCUCCGUCUGAUAUUCCCGGUAGACGGGCAAGACUAUUAGGAGUAGGCACGGACAAGGGAAAGAUAAUUCUUUGGAAUGCUCGAGAAGCCCAUACCAGUGAUAGGAUUCAGCCAGUAAGAAACAUUCAAACGGAGUCUCCCAAGAUUUCAUGUUUGGCUCUGUCGGCUCUAUACCUUAUACAUGGCGGUAGCGACGGGCUCGUUCAAGCAUGGGACCCUCUAGCGUCUACAUUAGACCCUAUUCGAACCAUCAACUCUCAAUCACCUGGCCGCAUGCCCCGUCGUUUUUUCACAGCGUACCCUUCGUUGCGUAGCUCGGACUUCUCUGCCGUAAGAGCCAUUUAUCUGGAUCCUGACCCGACUGUCCUCCAUGGCAUAGUAUCGUUUGGGACAGUUGUACGUUACUGGGCAUACAGUUCGUCAAACCACGCGACGGGUCGCAAGCGGCGGAAGCGCCACUCUGAUAUACAUGGUCGUGCCACCGGUCGACGACACCACCGCCGUGACGAGGGCUAUAUUGCUGCCGAAGCUGAAGAGUUCCGCAACGAGCAGCACUACCAAGCACAACAACGGGCUCGAUUGCAAGCUCGGUUCGGGGUUGGACUUGGUGACCUUACAGAGGAGGAAGCCUUGCACUACGCGGAAAUGAUGUCGCAGGAAUCCUUUCUCCACGAUGAACAUCGUCGUACCAGUACUAGUGACCCAGGCUCGGCUGUCGAUUUUGACAUGUCGUCUAAUUCUGGCAGUACUGUGACCCCCGAUGCGAGUGUGACUGGGCCAAGUCUUUUGGCUACUAGUUCAAGUGCCCACAACAAUGCUACGGACGAGAGCGAUUACGAGCUUCAGAUUCAGGCUGCAAUUCGUCUAUCACUUUUGGAAAGUGCAGAUGAUUCAGCGAGGUCGCCUAGGACUAGUAGCUCAGACGACUAUGACGGUUCAGUUACGAUUAGCGAGGGGAUAAAGGAGAAAGCAUAUUCGUCAACUUCCCUGUCACCAAGCCAUACACCCAUGGUCAAGCCAGCUGAAUUGUCAGGUCCGGUUGCGACCGGCUCCCAAUCGGUCACGGAUGACGAUCUAGAGUUUGCGUUGCAGCUUAGCCUGGCAGAAGAGGAAAGCAGAAAAGCUAGCCUGGCCACUUUGGAGGAAAGGGAAGAUGAGUUUCCUGCACUAGGCGGGAGUGGUAUUGGGAAGGGGAAGGGAAGGGCGAUCUGAAGUAAGAUCGUGUUGCGUUUUCGAUUAUCAACACUAUAUAUACACUUGUUUUUAUCAUUCACUUCUCGCACGUUAUUUUCGGGCGUUAUUAAUUCAUUCACCGUUAUGUUUAUCUUCAUCAAUACUAUUCCAUGCUUCAAAACCAACCUAUCUCCAUCCAUGAUAAUUCCAUCAUCUAUGUGAAUGACAAGGAAAUAACUACUGGCACCGAGGAACUGCUACCUACCUAGGUAAUAGGAGUAUGAGGUAGGUAUGUAGCUUUGAGUGUUGGUAACAGAAUAUCUACAUGUAGUACAGUAAGCAAAAGCCGGACCUACCUACCUACCUACCUAGGUACUAAACAAGUAAUCGAGAAGCAAGGAUGUAAGAUAUUAGGUAGAGGUAGUUAUGUACGA